UGCAUCUCUCGAAACAUAAUUUCAAGAUGUAAAUUUCUAGUUGAUUCCAUCUCUGAAAUAAUAAUUAUCGUCAUUUCUGGUGGACAGCGAGGUUUGAUGGCUUUCUACCUGAGGCGAUGGGAUGUUCCAGCUUGACACGGUGAGAUGUGCUCGCUCCUGCUUCCACCAUGGCGGCCGCUUCCUCUUGCAGCCUCUCCUCCCCUCCCCUUCACUCAUCGUCUCCCUCCUUCCUCAUCCUCAGCAGGCCAGGCGUCGACGCACGCGCAGAGUCUACCUCGGCGUGCCGCUGCCGUGCGCCGCCUAAGAGCCGCCGCACCUGAUGCGCACGACGCGGCGGCCCUCAUGGUCGCGCGCGCCGAGGCCGGGGACUUCGCGGAGGCGCGCUCCAUCUGGGCGCAGCUCCUCCACAGCUCCGCCGCGCCGUGCCUCCCCGCCGCGGCGCCGCGCCUCCUCCCGGCGUACGCGCGCCUCGGCCGCUUCGACGAGAUCCUCCUGGCCGUGCGCGAGCUCUCCGCGCGGGACCCCGCCGCGGCGCGCGCGCUCUAUCCGCUCGCCAUCUCCUGCCUCGGCGCCGCGGGCGAGCUCGCGUGCAUGGAGGACGCCGUGCUAGAAAUGGGCCGCCUUGGCCUCCGCGUGGACUCCGCCACCGGGGACGCCUUCGUCCGCGCCUACGCGGCCGCCGGCACCGUCCCGCAGAUGGAGGCGGCCUACCGCCGGCACAAGAAGACCGGGCUGCUCAUCUCCCGGGGCGCCAUCCGCGCCGUGGCGUCCGCGUACAUCUCCCAGCAGAAGUACUACAAGCUCGGCGCGUUCGUGACCGACGUCGGCCUCGGCCGGCGCGACGCCGGCAACCUGCUCUGGAACCUGUACCUCCUCUCCUUCGCGGCCAACUUCAAGAUGAAGUCCCUGCAGCGCGCGUUCCUGGAGAUGGUCGCCGCCGGCUUCCGACCGGACCUCACCACCUUCAACAUCCGCGCUGCGGCCUUCUCCAAGAUGUGCAUGUUCUGGGACCUCCACCUCAGCGCCGAGCACAUGCGCCGCGACGGCGUCGCGCCGGACCUCGUCACGCACGGCUGCUUCGUCGACGCGUACCUGGAGCGCCGGCUCGCGCGGAACCUCACGUUCGCGUUCGACCGGCUUGACGGCAACGCGGAGGCCGUCGUGGCCACGGACGGCAUCAUCUUCGAGGCGUUCGGCAAGGGCGGCUUCCACGCCAGCUCCGAGGCGCUGCUGGAGGCCACCGGCGAGAAGCGUCGGUGGACGUACUACAAGCUGCUCGGCGUCUACCUCAGGAAGCAGCACAGGAGAAACCAAGUCUUCUGGAACUACUGAAGCUGAUCAGUUCAGUAAUAGGACACUAGCAGUCGUCUGUGUUGGAAUCAACAUUGUACAUACAGUUAUUAAAAUGUGCUUGGAAUCGAAUUCAAAAUGUGAAAAGAGUUUGGUUGGAUCA